CUAGUUGGAUUGAAUUUAUGAAAGGCACCAACAUAACAAGCGUUAAAAAGAAAUUUCCCGGUGUUAUAUUUAUGGUGGCUGUAGGCGGUUGGUAUAACGGCGUCCAACCGUUUAUUAAAUUUACCGAUCACAAAGAAAAUCAAAAAAUUUUCGCCCAAACUGCUCUCGAUUUUGUUAAAAAACACAAUUUUGAUGGGUUAGAAUUGUGUUGGUUGUAUCCUACAAAAAGAGGUGGUUAUAUAAGUGAUCGAAAAACUUUUGUCGAAUUAUUAAAAGCAAAAAAUAAUUUAUUAUUCUCAGUUCUUAUAAGUGGGGCUUACACGACGAUUAGUUCGGGUUACAAUGUACCGGAAAUUUUUAAAAACGUCGAUUUCGUCGAUAUUAUUAGUUAUGAUUACAAUGGAUUAUGGAGUGAUAAAAUCGCCCCAAAUGCGCCACUUUAUAGUAAUGAUCAAAAUAACGUG